AUGAGCGGGGGUACUCAAGAUUCGAUAAAUACAGAGAAAGUCACUUAUCUACUUGGGUUGCUUGGUAGACAAAGGUCUGUUAGUGAACUCAAUCCAGAUCUUUCCGAUUCAGAUUUUGAAGACAUCGCCAGUGAAGAAGACGAACUCCAUAAAGAUUCAGAUAAGAAAGUGUAUACAAUGUUGAGUCAAAUGUUAACGAAGCCACCAGUGGUGGAAGACUCAUAUGAAUCGUCCACCACAGACUCUCAGAGUGCAGUAGAGGAUGUCAUCACAGGAAUCUACACUGAUUUAAUCGAGAUGUCCGAGCUGAACUUGGUGAGAAACGAUCCAUUCAAUCUAAAAGUGCAUGUCAAGUACGCGGAAAAAUGUCUCACACUGCCAUUCCCACCACAAUACGUUGGAUAUGAUGCUAAUCAUGGUUGGAUGCUUUAUUGGUUGGUCAAUUUUUUGCGAACUAUGAAUCGUCCUGUAGAUGAAUCUGUCUCAAAGUUAGUGACAGACAAAAUCUUAAGGGUUACUAUCAAUGAAGGACUAGGAGGUAUUGGAGGAGGUCUGGGACAAAUUGGACAUGCUGCAUCGAUGUAUGCAUCAGUGCUUGCACUCGUUUUAGUGGAAGAUUUCGACACCUUGAAUCGUAUAAGACACAACCUCUAUAAAUGGAUGAUGAGUUUAAAGAAGGAUAAUGGAUCAUUUUCAAUGCACCCUGGUGGGGAAAGUGAUACCAGGUCUACAUAUUGCAUCUUGGUGAUUGCAUCACUUCUAAAUAUUCUUGAUGAGCAACUAUGUAAAGAUACAGCUUCAUGGUUAGCAACCUGUCAAACCUAUGAAGGAGGAUUUUCCGGUAUUCCAAAUACAGAGGCUCAUGGAGGAUAUACAUUUUGUGCAAUUGCUAGCUACUUUGUAUUGUUAGGAAAGGGAGAAGGUCUGUUCAAAGAGAGAUUAAACAAUGUAAUUGAUGUGGACAAUUUACUUCGUUGGACUGCUAUGCGUCAAUACCACCUUGAAGGUGGGUUUUCUGGGAGAACAAAUAAACUUGUGGAUGCAUGCUACAGUUUCUGGAUUGGUGGCAUAUUCCCACUUCUUGAGAUGUCGCAAAAUACCAAUGGAUCGUUGUUUGAUCGAGAUGCAUUGAGAACAUAUAUCCUCAACUGCUGUCAGGACAGUCGCGGAGGGUUAAGAGAUAAGCCAGGUAAGCUGCCAGAUUUCUACCACUCUAACUACACCACACUUGGACUUAGUAUAGCAGAACAUGAAUACCUGUUCAUGGCACAAACCAAGCCUGCUAAUAAUGACGAUUAUGCAUAUCUCGUAGAUAGUGUGAGAGUAAGAGAUGGAGAUUGUUCUGCUAUCAAUCCAAUUUUUGGAUUACCACUUGGUGUUGCAGAAAAGUGUAAAGAAUAUUUCAAAUUAGCCGAUAAAUAA